CAUCGGCGUGUCAAUGACAGUCAUGCACAUACACAUUCAAUGGUAAAAUCAAGCAGUAGAGUAGUGGUGUGAAAGCCACGAGACUUACAAUAGUAACGAAAUCUUUUUAAAACACACGCACACAGUAUCCAAAGUCGAAAAAUAAAGUUGUAUGUGUGUCUGGGUCAACUACUGCGUGCGUGCGUGCAACGUGUGGUGUGUGGAUGGGUUAUUUUUCAUUUUUGAAUAAAUCACGAUGGUUAUCCAACAAGAAGUUGUUUCUAAAGCUGAAGAAAUAGCAGAUCAGGUAAUUCGUAAUGGAAAACAUGUAUUACCAACGUUAGCUCGACUUUGUCUGAUUGCCACGUUUCUCGAAGAUGGCUUACGGAUGUGGUUCCAAUGGAAUGAGCAAAGAGAGUAUAUGGAUAUGUCUUGGGGCUGUGGAAGGUUUCUUGCAACCAUAUUUGUCCUGAUAAAUUUAAUUGGGCAAUUAGGAGGAUGUGUCAUGGUUAUUGGAAGAUGGCAAGUUAGUAUAGCAUGUGGAGUGCUAUUUUUUAUUGUUGUCCUACAAACAUUCGCAUAUAGCAUCCUUUGGGAUCUUCAAUUUCUCUUCCGAAAUCUUGCCCUCAUUGGUGCACUUUUAUUGGUUCUUGCCGAAUCAAGAGUAGAAGGAAGAUCUCUGUUUGCUGGAGUACCUACUCUUGGUGAUAAUAAGCCUAAGAAUUAUCUACAGCUGGCUGGCCGUGUAUUAUUGGCUUUUAUGUUUAUUACCCUCAUACGUUUUGAAAUAUCAUUUAUGCAGAUAGUGCAGGAUAUACUUGGAAGUAUACUCAUGGUACUUGUAACGAUUGGCUACAAAACCAAACUUAGUGCUCUACUUUUGGUUCUGUUACUUUCGGCAUUGAAUUUCUAUCAUAAUGCUUGGUGGUCUAUCCCAGAUCACAAACCACUUAGGGACUUCCUUAAAUACGAUUUUUUCCAGACUUUAUCUGUAAUUGGAGGAUUAUUGAUGAUUGUGUCACUAGGACCUGGUGGCGUGUCUAUGGAUGAACAUAAGAAGAGGUGGUAAACUUGUACUAGAAGUACUAAAAAUUGAAGUUAACAUUUAAAUUUUAAAUUCUAUAAGUGAUCCUUGUCAACAUUACUUAUACAAAAUGAUAAGACGUAAAAAAAUACCACAAAAGAUAAAAUAAUUUUAUAUAACAAGUUAAAAUCAUUGAGCGACUACUUAAAUGACUAGUGAUUGAAAAAUAAACGCCCAAGGAUAUUUAACGAUGAUUAUAGAAUGAAAAAAAAUUCAAAACAUAUGUUUAUUUAAAUUUAAUAAAGAAUAAAAGAAGAUAUAAAAUACAAACAUGAAUAUGUUUAGAUAUGGAAGAUAUUAUAAUACAAAAAAAAAUUAAUGAAAUACAUUUACAAGAAAAAAAAAACAAAUAAGACUAAUUUAUAUUAUCGUAAACAUGAUAUUGUACAUAAAACAGUGAUUAUGAAAGGGGAAAAAAAUACAUGUCUUUCGGUUUA